UCAGAUCAUUGGUUUUCGUCCAUAACCUAAGAUUACUAAGGCUAUCUGAAGUAUACGUCUUUCACCAUGUCAUCCCGCAACACUCGGGCAAAAAGCCGUGCGAAUGCUGGAAGCGGCACUCCUGGUUCACGGCAAGCACGCUACUCUGAACCUCCGUCUGCAGAUCUACCCAGUCUGUAUCCCAUGCAUGAUGGUUCAUAUGGCGUUAAUACUCAUGCAAACCUUGACAACGUGAGAAGGAGACGGGGUAGAAAGCCAAAAUCUGAUCUCGUCACUGAAGAUGAUGAAGACAGACGGUUCACAAGACGGAUGAGGGGCAGGGAUGGUAGUCGUUUCAACAUGGAAAAUGACCUGCAAAAGGUUACGGAAGAGACUGUGGAGGAAGCUAGGAGGGACGAAAGAGUUAGCGAGGACCAGCAACGGGGAGUCCCAGCAGGCUUAUUCCAAGUGGCUGAUGAAGAGCCUGAUGAUGAGGAAAUGGGAGAUGAUAUGGGAGAUGGAGUAGACCCCGACUUUGAUCCAGCAACUGACCGCGAUCCUCCGCUCGCUGCCCAUAUUCCUACACUCAGUGGGCCAAGGUUUUAUCCUAAUCCAGACAACAGAAGAAUGCGACCCCUUGAUGCUACGCGAUACAGAUCUGCGGAUCCAGAUUCUCUCAUCCAUAAUAGAGAGCCAUCAGCGCCAGUCACAAACCCGACCCCAUUUUUCAUGUCAUCGAGUGGGAUUGGUUAUCCAGAUGACGGUACAUCACUGCGUCCUAGCUCUUCGAAAAGCUUCAUCGGCGAAGGCACGUUAUAUGGCGAUGCUAGUGUCUACACACCUCAGCCAAAAAUUACAUCCCAGCCGAACGUCACGUCUCAGCCGAAGGGUACAUCUCAGCCGCCAGUUACCCAGCCUCAACCGAAGAGCACGUCAGCGCCUACGGCACCUGCAGGAUUUGCAUCAUUUGCAUCCGGCUCUCCCUAUACAUCAGGCUCUUUGCCAGGCCCGGAUCGGCCCACUCCGCGUUGGGAGCCCACCUUGUCCGUACCACCCGGUCCCCAGGUCUCUUCAUCCCAGCAACCAACAUAUGAGCAACCGACUUAUCAGCCCUUUCCUUCCGAAGAACCCUCGCACGAAGAGCCCACGUAUGGGGAACCCACGUAUGAGCAACCCUCAUAUGAGCAACCCACAUAUGAGCAAUCCACGUAUGAGAAACCCUCAUAUGAGGACCUUCCUUUUGAACCUACGCACGAAGAACCGGCGUACGAGCAAACCACGUCUCAUCAAUCCACAUCCCAGCAACCCCAAUCUACGAGACCGAUUCAUAAUUCAGACGAGGCCCCGGCAGCGAAGAGCGUGGAUGCAAAUGCAAGUGCUAGUGGAUCUGGGUUUGCCGAUAAGGGUGACGGCGCAAUUCAAGAUUCAUCCAGGAACCAGGUACCAAAAGGGCUCUCCCCAGAAGAGUGGAGCAUCGUGAACAAUUUUAUCCAAGGCAUGCGGAAACCGUCACAACCGCAGUCAAAUACUGGACGUCGCGGUCCCAUAAAGCCGCUAGAUCAUUUAUCACCAGCCGAGAUCCAAGCAGCAAAGUCUUUAAUACGUGAUAUGGGCAAAGACCCAAUCACAGUGACGAGCAUCAUCGACGAGCUAGAUAGAGUUGCUAAUCUAGCCGGCCCUCCGAAAUCAGACACCAUAAGACUGUUUGCUGAUCGGCCCCGUCCUACUACUAAAGUCGCUGGGCCAACCAAAACCCCAGGCCCUAUUGCGAAUGAUUUGCCUGGGGCCACUGGGGCCACUGAGAAGACCCCUGGUCCCUUCGAACAAGACGGUAACGCUGACGAUAGAAACGGGUAUGACGAUUCUGAAUAUCUAGCAGCUUUAAAGGCUGCAGGACGCGCUGCAGGGAGACCUACCCCAAAGAGACCUGUCCGAAGUGCUGGCUCUCAACAGGCUGCCCAGCCCAAGUCUCAUCGACCUUCUCGUCGGAAGCGUACUCUGUGGACUAGGUGGAUUGUAGACAAGUGGGACGCAAUCCUCUUUUUUCUAACUAUCCUAGCUGGAGUCUGGGUAUUCUUAACUUUUAUCAAUCAUGAUCGUCUCCCUGUUGAGAAUGACAUCCUGGAUAGACCCCAAUGGCCUCAAUGGGAUGCGGUUAGAGACAAUGUCCUCCAGGUCAUUCCAUCAGGAAUCAGACACCCGUUAAGAACAUUCCGUGAAUACACCUCAACAUAUUCCCAGGGCAGUACUAGGGCGGGUACUGGGAUAUUAGGCGAUGCGCCAUCGCAAGUUGCUGACAACCUUGCUGAAAAUCUUGCGCCGAAAAUCCCAGAACAGGUUUUUGUCCACAGAGACAAGAGCGGGAGACUAAAGAUAUCCCAGGACUUCUGGCACGCCUUGAGGGAAUUGAUGAGAGAAGACGACAUCAUUCUUACGUUGGAACAGGUUAGGAAGGAAGCGCCGGUCAUCUCAGAUGCUCAUUGGCUUGCUAUCAAAAACCGGUUGAAGGGAAGUAGGUUGCUGCAAACUGCAAAUGCCACCGCCGGUCCUAUUCCAGAUUCAGUCGAUCCUACGUUGAGGGGCAAGCACUGCGAAGAGUGCUGGCAUAAAUGGGUAAGCAAAAACAAAGAGGCAUUAAGAAAGGGGGUGUCUGGGGUUGCCGUCACCAAAGAGGAGUUCAUGGAUUUGUUUAAGAAAGAAGCGCAAUCUCGCGCCCAUGACAUCAACAAUGCGCUCUCGGAUGUGAACGACCAAAUACAGCAGCUCCACAAAGACGUCGCCAGACUGAGAGAUUCGGCCCUAGGUUCUCCCAAUAUAUCAAAAGCAGAAAUCGUCAAAAUUUGUGAUGCUGCAAUAAAGAAAGCUGUUCGGGACAUCAAGCUCAGCGCCAUAGCUGAAGGCCAAAUACGCGGUCACGCGAAUGACAUGUUCGCCAACCAAAUCAAUUUCUUCGGCGCCGGCUCCGGCGCGGUUAUCGACCCCACGUACAGCUCUAAACCCUGGCAGAUACCUAGGGGUUACUACAAGUUCCGAUCCAAGCAGUGGUACCAACGCGACGGCUGGUCCACCCAACCCCUCAUGCAAGCCCUGUCGCCCUGGUCCGAGGAAGGCGAGUGCUUCUGUGCCGGACCCAAAGCUUGGGGGCUUAGGGAGGAGACCGCGUCUAUUCAUGUGAUGAUGAGCCGCGACAUUAUCCCGCAGAACCUCGUCGUGGAACACAUUCUUCCCGGCUCGACGCUAGACCCGGGCGCCAGGCCCAGGCAAAUCGAAGUAUGGGCCUAUAUCGAGGAAAUGACGCUGCGAGACGAGGUGCGCGUCUUCUCGGAAACCAACUUCCCGCUGGUGGAGUCGGAGAAGAAUAAGUUCAACGAGGCGUACGUCAAGGUCGCGGAGUUCGUGUACGAGGACAAGGACACGGGCGACGGCAUCCAGGUCUUCAAGCUCAGCGACGAGCUCGCCCAAAUGCGCGCCCACACGAGCAGCCUCAUCGUCAGGGCUAUCAGCAACUAUGGCGCCGAUCACACGUGCUUCUACCGUCUCAGAAUGUACGGCGAAAUCGUGGAAACCGAACCGUGGAAGGAGUGGGGUGGCCGAGAGUAAGAAUGAUAGGAAGGAUAUUAGUAAUGUGCACACGGCCAAGAUAUGGUCCACACUUCAGUUGCUCGUCGGAAAUACCGUGUGCAAUGAAGAGUGACGUGGACAGUAUCACGCUGAUAGGUUAAUAUGAAGGGGUAGUGAGGACAUACACUAGCAUAAGCAGAGCCGAGACAGAUAAUAAGACGGAUGAACAGGCUGGCUAGGCUACACAGGUUAUAUUAGUAGCAGUGGCGGUAGUAGCUAAUCGAUCGACAAUCAGUGAAGCAAACUCGGGAGUUUUGGUAUCGAUCGGUUCUCUAGUCUUUGAUAUUUAGGCGGAGUCGGAGGGGUGUACGUAUUUGACUGGCUGGCUGGCGGGUGGAUGAUACCAAAUACUUGAGGGUACAGUCUUGCCUACCUAGUUUAGAGCUGAAUUGCACGCUUUUUUUUCUCAUCGAAGGUACUUUGCCAAGGUUAUAAUUGUAGAAGCUUGUUAAAAACAUGUACGUGGUAAUCCAGGAAAG